AUGCUGACCAAGCAGCAGCAGGCUCUGGCUUUCGCGCAAAAUCCUUUGCCAGCUUCUGUGGGCAGGAAUCCAGAAGGAGUUUUGUGGGUGCUUGUUUGCGGGAUGCUUUGGGCCAUCUCCUCCGGUUGCUUUGCGAUAUCAGCACCGCAGUUUCGUAAGGGCUGUGCCUUGGAUGAGCUGGACAUCACCAAGAUCAAGGUGAACAUGGACAACGAGAAGUAUCUCCUUGCGCAUCCCGAGAUCCGCGACAUGCUCUCCGUUUUCGUCCACCAGGUCUUGGAAUACAAGCCUGACAACAUAUUGCGAUUCGCUGGCGACUUCUUCACGAGGGACGACCUCUACGCCUGCGUGAAGAAAAAGACCGAAGAA